AAAGCCACUGACCUAUUGAAUCAAGAUGUUAAGUUUGACUUAAGUGUGCGCGUGCGCACUGCAAAAUUAUCAGUUUCUCUGGAUUUACUAUUUAAAUAGGUAUUUUUUUUAUUUUAUUUUUUUAGCAAAAUUAAUGUUUUUGUUUUAUUCUAUAAAGUACUGACAACAUUUCUCCCAAAUUCCACAUCAAUUCCUUUCUUGUGAAUUUCGUAGUUUAUUUGUGUUCGCUGCUUUUUAUUGAUAUUCGACGUCCGUUCCAUCCAACAAGUAUAACAGGAAGGAUGACGUCACGGAUACGUCAUGAGCGACCGAGUGUCCAGCAGGGGCGUCAUGUGCGCUGAGAGCAAAUAAAGAAAUCCCCCCUUUAUAACACAAUCAUAGCGGUUCAGUCUUUUCACACCGUGUGUUUGAUUUGGGCUCUCUUUUUUUAAACGACCGUCCCAGUAACAGAUGCGUUUUCUCAAUGACGCAUCGCCCAUGCAUUUGUCCUAAAUCACUGUAACCCCUGCAGACAUCGAUGAUGACAGGUAGUAAAAUAUGUUUCUUCCUUGCAACAUUUCAGCUUAGACAUCUUUGCAUCGCGUCCAUAUUAAUAUACACUAUUUCUUAAGGUGUGUUUUCUUUUUUUCAGAGACACCACCCUUGAAGUCUUUGAGUAUAUAUUUAUACUUAUAAAGCUAUUUUACAUUUCAACCGUUAUUCCACAAAAAGGGGAAAGGUAACUGCUCUUUGACGUAUGGCAGCACCAGAGAUGACAAGCCAUUCUGAACCCAACCAAGAGUCUGAUCUCAAGUCCUCGGAUUCUACGGUGUGGUUCCAGAGCUACUUGCACGGAGGCACCUCCAGCCUAAUCUCCACCAUGACCACCAUCGUCACAUUCCCGUUGUAUAAAACUGUAUUCCGCCAGCAGCUGCACAGCACCUUAGUACGGCAAGCAGUGGCCCAGUUACUCAAAGAAGGGCCACUGAAACUGUACCGUGGUGUGGCUCCGCCCCUGCUGAAGUCGUCCCUUAAUGGAACUUUGUUGUUCGGCCUUCAGGACACCUUCUUACAAAAGCUCUCCCUCCGUCUCGAACACCCUCUUCCCGGGAGCGUCCUCCCAGCUAUGGCCGGUUUAGGUGCGGGUGUGGUGGAAGCUUUGGUUUUCACCCCGUUCGAACGUGUGCAAAAUGUGCUGCAAAACAGCAAGAAUAACAGCAGCCUUCCUACUAUGAAAAGUAUUUUACUCAAACUAAUUUCGAGACCUUUAGCGUCAGGGUACUACACUGCAUUGCUGCCCAUUCUCGUCCGGAAUGCCUUAGGAACCAGCCUCUAUUUUGGCCUAAAAGACCCCAUGUCUAAUGCUCUCGGGGCUUGGGGCUUUUCCCCCAUUGCGUCCUCCUUUAUGUCAGGUGUUUUAAACUCAAUGGUCAUUAGUCUACCUCUCUACCCUCUCUCUGUACUGGUGGCCAACAUGCAGGCACAAAUAGAUAGUGAAGGCAGGGGAGUAAAAAGCAGUUGGCAGAAGCUCUGGGUGGCCCGUCAGCGCAGCCUGGCUCUUCUAUACCGUGGAGGUUUCUUGGUGAUCUUACGCUCUUGCAUCACCUGGGGCAUCACCACUGCCAUAUACGACCAGUUGAAGAGACACUCGAGAUGAUAAUCAGUGACAGAUACCUCAUUUUGUCAUCUUCUCAGGUUAAUAGUCGAUCGAUAUUAGAAGUAUUCCUUGUUUUACACAAUCAGCUUCUCAGGUCAAUACUCUUUUGCACCAAACUGUAUUUGAUUGCUGAAGAUUUUCGUUGGCAAUGAUGUCAUAUAUCACAGUAUGCAUGAAGUAUUAAUUGAUGUGAUGCACGUAAUGAGGCACAAAUUAAUAACUACUGUAUAAGCAACAUUACGUAAAUGUGAAAUAAACAUGUUAAAAGUCAAGAAAGCUUUAUUGGCA